AUGGCCAUCGUCAUGGCAGGAACAGUCGUUGCACUCCUUGUUCUUUUUUUCUCAACAGUGAAGACGUGCUAUCCCGGGUGCCGCUGUGAGGAGCAGAGUUUCGGAAUGUUCAGCAGCUUCAGCCUGACCAAAGUGGACUGCAGUAGACUGGGACCAAGCACAAUUCCAGUUUCAAUACCAUUUAAAACCUCUUUGCUGGAUCUUUCCUUUAAUGGCAUCCAUUCUAUAGAGGGCACUGUCUUCUCUGGACCGGGAUACACCACGCUGUCUAGCCUCAAUUUAAGUAACAACCUUAUCUCUGUCAUGAAUGGAAGUGUAUUCUCCAAACUGCACUAUUUGGAGAUGCUGGAUCUGAGCUGGAACUCGAUCCAGGACCUUGUUGAAGGUUUUUCAGGCCUCCUUCUUGCCGAGGUAAAUCUGAGUCACAACCGGAUUCAUGAAAUCAAUCUGGAUGUGUUUUGUGUUCAGAAUCAUGGAAGGCCUCUCAGCAUUGAUCUGUCUUAUAACUUAUUAAACUCAGUUAUAAGGAGGAAACUUUCACAGCCUCUUAAUAUACAAAGCCUGGAUUUAACAGGGAACGAGCUCAUUUCUGUGCCAAACCUCCGGGACAUCUCUUUACGGUUCCUCACCCUGGAUGAUAAUCCCAUAUUGGUCAUUCAUGAACAGAGUUUUGCUGGAUUGAAAAAUCUCAUUUACCUUUCUCUAAGCUCCAUGCCCGAGCUACACACCAUCAAACCUCAAAGCUUGCAAGAGCUCCAAAACCUCCAAGUGCUUGACCUUUCAAAUAACAUUAAACUAAAGACAUUGAGUGCAGAGGUUUUUAGUGGCCUUACAGCUCUACAGGAGCUUAAUUUGUCGAACUGCUGGGUCAUGUCUUUGCCGGCCAACAUCCUUCAGCUCCUCCCGAGCAUUAAGAGCAUUGCUCUGAGGGAGGGAGUGAAUUGUUGGAGGAUCCGGACACAGAAACAAUUUCAAAUACACGUCGGACAGAGUAAAGCUGAGGAGGUUUUAAAAUGUGAUGUGACUGGUGUCAUUUUGUAG